UAGAGAUUACUUAAAAAAAAAAAAAAAAAAGUCGUAACUUCAGUUAAGAAGUCCUACCUGAAAAAUAUAUUACCAAAGAUUACGAAUACAUUUUCUCUACCAGAGGUUACAAAAGAGGCCAUUUUCUGCUGAGGUCAUUCAUAUGGACCUUUCUCUCCCCAACCCCAGCUGGAGCAAGGACAUGAGACUUCUCUUUGACCAAUUCAUGAAGAAAAGUGAAGACGGCUCUUGGAAACAUUUGCCUUCAUAUAAAAAUAAAUUUUCUCGAAGGAUAGAAGAUAUCAAAGUCUUUUUUCCUGAUGCAAAGCUUAUAAAAGAAAAAAUUUCACAGGCCCAGCUCUUUCCCAGAAACUUUGAGGAAGGCCUGGGCUUUGAAUAUGCCAUGUUCCAUAAUCAUGCUGAAGACAGGACAGUUUGCAUAUUUCAAGGAGGUCCUUACCUGCAAGGAGCCCCUGGAUUCCUUCACGGAGGUGCUAUCGCAACCAUGAUCGACUCUACUCUUGGUAUGACUGCUCUCAUAGCCGGGGGGAUUGUCAUGACUGCCAAUCUCAACAUCAAUUUUAAAAGGCCUAUCCCCCUUUGUUCUGUUGUUGUGAUAAAUAGCCAAGUUGAUAAAGUUGAAGGGCGGAAAUUGUUUCUUUCUUGUAAUAUCCGAAGUGUGGAUGAGCAAACCCUGUACUCAGAGGCGACAAGACUUUAUCCCACUAAUGUGUGCGGAAUUGCAGUACAGAAGUGGCUCUGCUAUCACGGUUUAUUUGUAAAGCUGGAUCCUGAAAAAAGUUUGACAUAAAAGAGCUUCUGGCGGAUUCAACACCUGUCCGCAUGAGGCCCCCUCCCCCCGAGGCAGCUGCGGUGCCCUGCUGCCCUGCUUACGCCCCCCAGGGAAGCCUGCUAACACUGGUCCUCCUGAGCGCGUCUUCAGAACACAGCUCCGGGAGCUCUGUUGCCACCAUCUAAACUCUAACACAGCAGUACUCCAGAGGAGCAGCAGCUAUUUGUGUCUACUUAGGAAAAGUGUCUGGUCCACGUGACUUUGAAUGGGCUCCUUCAGACGGCGCGACCAUGGCAUCUGCCCCGUUGCUGCCUGGAGAGAAGACUCGCAUGGAAACCCUUACCACAAACUUGAAUAUACCAGAACGCCGAAGGAAGGAGCGUGUGUGUGUCUGUGUGUGUGCUGUGAACUACAAAGCUGUGUAUAAAUUACAAAUCUUUUUGGCUACAAUAGGAAACACAGCUAGUUCCUAUGGGAAUCUGGAUCCUAGGGAAUAAACAGCUGUACCAUUUUUAACAUAAA